GGAACGCUUCCUUCAAGCGCGCGCAGCUUGAUUCCGGAAGUACGCAUUUCAUUUUCAUGUUGCUGUUCGAGUUAGAGAGACAAGUCUAAAGAAAUCAACAACAACUGAUCAGUUUCUCGCUUAAUAAGGAAGAUAAUUCAGCUGAAACAUGUCCACUGGCUCUGAGAUCACACAUGUAUCCUCCCUUGGGAAGGGUGACAGUUUACAUCAACAGGUUCUCGCCUCCUUCCCUCUGUGUGACCUUACUGAGGAGGAUCUGACCCAGAACCCUCAGUUCUGUAAGCUCCUGGCCACCCUGACACAACAUGUGGACCCAAAUGGACUCACUGUCCCACUGAAGACAGAGCUGGAAAAGGCUGAGCAGAAGCUGCAGAGCCAGAGGCGUCUCUGGCUUCGCUCUGAGGGCCUCCACAAAGGGCUGCAGGAGAUGAUCCAGGACCACUGUAUCAGGAAGCACCAUGCCACUGUACCCCCUGACCAGAACAUGUUUUAUGACACGAUGGAGAAGUGUCUGCUGGUGGCUCAGUGUAUCAGACAGCUGGAUCCCAGUAGCACUACCAACCAGGACCAGCCCUCUGUUCUGGGUCUGGACCCCCAACAGAUGAUGGAGCUCAUGCCACCAGAGAAGAAUGUUCAAAGAAUGAAACAGGGUCUUCCCAGAGAGCUGGAAAAACAUCUGAAGAAAAAGUGUUUGAGCCUCCUCUCUUACUAUCAGCCUGAAUGGGAGAAUGAGAGUGAGGGUCUGAAGAACAUCAAGUUGUCUCAUCUGUCAACCCAGCUGGACAAAGAGAAGAAAGGAGUAGAGAGUCUGAAGGAGACUUGCCGGGGAAACAUAGUUCUCCUGCAAAGACGGACUCAACUUUACCUCUCUGAACUGAUUAAGUGUAUUCAGCUUCUCCAGUCACUCAUCUUGGACCACAGGCUGAGGAUCCAGACAGAAUUGGACCGGAAGAAGUUGGACUACUUUGAGGGAAAAUGUGAAAUAGUCUUACAGAAGAUCAAGACUGAGAUGGUGGAAAUUCAGCUGGACACGUACACAGUGGACUCAAUAUCUGCUCAUAGAAAAAUAAGAGAGAAGCUGGAGUCUGAGCUGAAGACAUGUCAGGUGGAGAAGCAGUCCGUUGAGUCAAACCUGGCCUCCUUUGAGAUCUUGGGCAAAGAGUUUGAGGCCUUGGCUGAGGAGUACUGCAACUUACGGCAGGAGAUAGAAAUAAAUAAGUGGGCUCUGAAGGAGAUCACCCAGUGCAACGACAAGUGAAGAUCAUAUCAGUCAGACAUUCCCUUUUCAUGUUCACUCUCUGGCUUUUGGAAGCUUGACACAGACACUGUUUGGACUUUUGGCCUACAGGAACUAUGUAGCAUGUACAGUAGUGAGUGGGCUAACUGAAGGGGCCGCCAAUCUUUUUAAAGGAUUAAUUCACAAUUCUAAUAUUCUUUUUUCCAGGAAAAGCAAUACUUUUAUUUGGCACCUUUCUAAGUUCCAUAUGACUGCAUGACCACUUUUGAUUGCUUUCUAUAAGGAAGUGAGAAUAUAUAGUAUAUAUAUAGUAUAUAGUAUAUCCAUGCUGAUAAUUCAAAGUACCAUUUUCCCCAAAUUGGCUUCCUAAUUGGCAACAGCAUCUGUUCAGUGACUCGAUCUAACUUCACGUCCAAUAAAAGUAUUGAUGUAUAUUUUUGUGAAAGUUUGAUUCACAUUUAACACCUUGCCUCAGGUAUCACUACACACUACAAUGUGCCAAAAGUUGUGUGAGCAUUCCUGCAGUAUGUAUAUUGUGAUAUAAACCUGGGAAUAAACUAAAAUAAUGCGUGUAUAAGGUGUAUUUCGGGCCUGUUUGUAAUGUAUGUGUAAAAAUAACAGUGAAAAAAUUUAAUUUCCCCUCUGGGGAUCAAUAAAAUACUAUUCUUCUUCUUC